CAUAGUAUCUAUGGACUGAAGGGAAUCAGUUGGUGGCUUCUUGAAGCAGGAAGGGAGGGACUUCACACUCUCACUUGGAACCAGAAGUUGAAUUUGUAAGCAUAAUAUGUUUUAGAAGCCAUGGGUUGUGGCACUUCUUCCAAAAAAGGUAACAAAGCUGAGAAAGUGGUGAGAGCCGCAUUACUCAUCCAAAAUUGGUACCGACGGUACAGAGCUCGACUGAGGGUCAGACAACAUUAUGCUCUCGCCAUCUUCCAGUCUAUUGAAUAUUCUGACGAGCAAGGCCAAAUGCAGCUAUCCAACUUCUUUUCGUUCAUGUUGGAAAACUAUACAAAGACAAAUAAUGAAGAUUCAACAUUAGUAACUCGAAUUUUUGACAGCACCAGGCUGGAAAGUCAAAUCAAGGAUAGAGAGGCCUUUUUGGGGUUGAUAGAUGUGCCUGACUCCUAUGAUGGUCCUCGGCUGCAGUUUCCUCUGACGUUUACUGACAUUCAUCUACUUCUUCAGGCCUUCAAGCAACAGCAGACACUUCAUGCUCACUAUGUCUUAGAGGUGCUAUUUGAAGCCAGGAAAGUCCUGAAGCAAAUGCCGAAUUUCUCUCACGUAAAAACCUUUCCCGCCAAAGAGAUAACAAUCUGUGGUGAUUUGCAUGGGAACCUGGAUGAUCUUAUGCUCAUUUUCUAUAAGAAUGGCCUGCCUUCAGAGAGCAAUCCAUAUGUUUUUAAUGGUGACUUUGUAGAUCGAGGAAAAAAUUCCAUGGAGAUUCUAAUGAUCCUGCUUGUUUGUUUUCUUGUCUACCCCGCUGACCUGCACCUCAAUAGAGGGAACCAUGAAGACUUUAUGAUGAACCUGAGGUAUGGCUUCACAAAAGAAAUUUUACAAAAAUAUAAGCUACAUGGGAAAAAAAUCUUACAAGUCUUGGAAGACGUCUAUACCUGGCUCCCAAUCGGUACAAUUAUUGACGAUGAAAUCCUGGUCAUACAUGGUGGGAUAUCAGAAUCCACAGACUUGAAUACACUCCACCAGCUACAAAGAAAUAAAAUGAAAUCUGUGUUGAUGCCGCCAGUGUUAAUAAAUCAAGAGAUUGGCGUAAAGAGAAAUAAAUCAGGUUCAAAUUAUGUUGAACCAAGGAAGGUUGAACCAGACAAGUCUCCUUCUGAACACUUGACAAAGCAAGAAUGGGAACAAAUGGUUGACAUUCUGUGGAGUGACCCCAGAGGCAAAAAAGGCUGUUAUCCAAACACAAGCCGAGGAGGAGGCUGCUAUUUUGGACCAGAUGUUACCUCUAAGGUUCUUAAUAAAAACCAGUUGAAGAUGCUCAUUAGGUCUCAUGAGUGUAAACCCGACGGGUAUGAAGUCUCUCAUGAUGGAAAGGUCAUUACUGUAUUUUCUGCUUCUAAUUAUUAUGAAGAAGGCAGCAACCGAGGAGCUUACAUCAGAUUAAGUUAUGGUACAACGCCACAAUUUUUCCAGUACCAAGUAACUAGUACAUCAUGCCUGAACCCUCUUUACCAAAGGGUGAAUGCUAUGGAAUCCAGUGCCUUCAAGACACUAAAGGAAAAAAUGAUUUCACGAAAAACUGAUCUCAUCAAUGCUUUUGAGCUCCGUGACCACAGUAGGUCAGGAAGGAUUUCAUUGGCCGAGUGGGCGUUUUCUAUGGAGAGCAUUUUGGGGCUGAACUUACCAUGGAGAUCUCUGAGUUCACACCUCGUAACCACUGACUCCAGAGGAAGUGUUGACUAUAUGUCCAGCUUUGAUGAUAUCCAUAUUGAAAAGCCUAUGGAAGAUAUGAAGUCCAGUCUAACUGAAACUAUGUACAGAUACCGAUCUGACCUGAAAAUCAUAUUUAAUAUCAUCGACAGUGAUCAAUCAGGUCUGAUCUCCAUGGAUGAAUUUCGGACCAUGUGGAAACUUUUCAAUGCUCAUUACAAAGCUCAUAUUGAUGAUUCCCAAAUUGAUGAGCUUGCCAGCAUAGUGGACUUCAACAAAGAUGGCAACAUAGACUUUAAUGAGUUUUUAAAGGCUUUCUAUGUAGUACAUAAAUAUGAUAAGCCAGAGAGCAGUUUUGCUUAAGAUGAACAAAAACUUCUCCCAGUGUCCUUGAAAACAGAUGAUCCCAACUUUCAGUAUUAACAAAGGCCCCUUGAAAUUCAUACUAGUAGAGAAAAAUAGACCCUAAUUCACACCACAAGCAGAUGCAUCAUGUGAGUGUUGCCAGUCCUUAGCAAACUGCUAUUGGUAAGACUAUGUUAAAUAACAGUUGAUGAGAUUUACUUCCAGUGUUAGGAUCACCAGUGAUAAACUGGGUUUGAGCCUGGUGUUGGUCUCAAAUGAUACCCAACCAGGAGAUCAGAGAAAUUUAGAAACAUACUGAAAGGAACCCAGAGAUCAGGAGAGAAAAUGAUUAGGUGUAAUAUCUCUAAGUGGCUGAGGAUGAGAUGAAUACUAAACUAUUAUUGAAAUAAAAUAUUUCCAUCAUCAAA